UUAGCUUAAGUUAAUGAUAACACAACAUUACUCACUGAUAUACUACCAUAAUAUAAAAACCAACAAUAUUCAAUUCUCACUUCAUUGUUAUACUGCCCAUCAAACGUUAAACGUCAUACGUCAUAUGUCAAUUUAUCCGACUAAAACUUCCAAAAAAUGCAUUUAGUAAUACUAAAAACAUUCCAAGAUGUCUCCCACUGGGCAGCAUCCUACGUAAUGAAGAGAAUCAACGAUUUUCACCCAACCACAGACAACCCAUUUGUCCUAGGAUUACCAACAGGCAGCACCCCACUGGGAAUGUACCAACAAUUGAUAAAAUUCCACCAAGAAGGCCUUCUUUCUUUCAAACACGUUGUGACCUUCAACAUGGAUGAAUACGUCAACCUUCCAAAAUUACACGCGCAGAGUUACCAUCAUUUUAUGUGGACGAAUUUCUUCAAACACAUCGAUAUUAACCCGGAAAACGUGAAUAUACUCAAUGGACUAUCAAAAGAUUUAAAUAAAGAAUGUGAAAAAUACGAGGAGAAAAUCAAAGAAUAUGGCGGAGUGGAAUUAUUCAUUGGUGGAAUAGGUGAACACGGUCACAUGGCAUUCAACGAAGCAGGAAGUUCUUUAACGUCAAGAACAAGAGAGAAAAAACUAGCACAUAAUACAAUCCAAGCAAACUCGAGAUUCUUUGAUAAUAUUGAAGAUGUACCCAAAAGCGCACUUACAGUUGGAGUAGGGACAAUUAUGGACGCCAAAGAGGUUAUGUUAUUAAUAACAGGCGCGAAGAAAGCGUAUGCGUUGUAUAAAACAGUCGAAGAAGGUGUGAGUCACAUGUGGACUGCAUCAGCACUACAAUUGCAUCCGAAAGGUUUGAUUGUUGUUGAUGAGGAUGCAACGAUGGAGCUUAAAGUGAAAACAGUGAAAUAUUUCGAAGGAUUGGAUGAACAUAUGGAAUUUUAGAGGUUAUUUUAGCAUAAUCUAACUUAAAAAUAGUAUUUUUAUCUGUACCUUACUUUCUUCUGGAUAUUUUUGAUGUUUUAAUAGUUCGUCUAUUAUUUGGAAUGGUGACAAAUCUAAAGAAUUAAAGAUAAUAAAAAUCUGUGCAGCCGUU